AGAGCUCAUGGGCGGAGGAGCGAAGUUCUAGGGCUGAGCGUUCCUUUUUCAGCGCCUGGCCAUGCAGGCGCUCGCGGAUACCUGCCCUGCUUGGCGCCGCGUCUGAAGAUUCGCCUGGGCACAACAGUUGAGUCUCCAUCUGGCUACCAACCCACCCGAGCUUUCUUCUCCUCCAUCACCACCUUCCUGCCUCCCCCUCCUCCCCCUCCUUUCCGUCUUCCCUCUCCACCCCCGCCCCCAAUCUCCUCCUCUUUUUCUCACUACAAGCGGUUGCUGAUGCUGAAGCCGAGCGUCACUUCGGCUCCCAAGGCAGACAUGGCGACAUUGACAGUGGUCCAGCCGCUUACUCUGGACAGAGAUGUUGCAAGAGCAAUUGAACUACUGGAAAAGCUUCAAGAAUCCGGAGAAGUACCUGUGCACAAGCUACAGUCUCUCAAAAAAGUGCUUCAGAGUGAGUUUUGUACAGCAAUCCGAGAGGUGUAUCAAUACAUGCAUGAAACGAUCACUGUUAACGGCUGCCCUGAAUUCCGUGCGAGGGCCACAGCAAAGGCAACAGUUGCAGCCUUUGCAGCCAGCGAAGGUCACUCCCACCCUCGGGUAGUCGAACUGCCAAAGACUGAUGAAGGCCUGGGUUUCAACGUGAUGGGAGGAAAGGAACAGAACUCCCCAAUUUAUAUCUCCCGAAUCAUCCCCGGAGGGGUAGCUGAAAGACACGGAGGGCUCAAGAGAGGCGACCAGCUGCUUUCAGUGAACGGCGUGAGUGUGGAAGGGGAGCACCACGAGAAAGCUGUGGAGCUACUCAAGGCUGCAAAGGACAGUGUGAAGCUGGUGGUCAGAUACACCCCAAAAGUCCUGGAGGAGAUGGAGGCUCGUUUUGAAAAGCUGCGGACAGCCCGGCGCCGGCAGCAGCAACAAUUGCUCAUUCAGCAGCAGCAACAGCAGCAGCAGCAGCAACCACAACAAAACCACAUGUCAUAGGCCGUGAAGAAAAGCUACCAGGUCAACCAUCAGACAGUCAAGAAUUUGAAACUGUGCUCCAGAAUCCCAGCACAUAGAAAAAGGGAAAGGCAACACCAAUAACUGCACCCGUCACAAAGCUGUGAACACGUGCUGUCUCCAUCCUUUACCACGGCAGUUCAACAUCUUCCUCCUCUGGGUACCAGCCCCCUGCUCAUCGCUUUUUACCCACUCAGACCUUCCAUUCACGGCAGUGGAAACCCCCAGUGUGUUGAGGGAGGGACUUCUCCAGUCUGCAGACUGAAGCAGUGUAAGAAUAAAGUCUGUGACUUUUGAACAAAUCACCAGGGCUAGGAUUAAGUGAUUCUUUAGUCUGAGGCUCUUCCGGAGGUUAGCAAACCCUUCAUUAGGCUAUAGUUCAAACUGCAUCAGUUCAAGGUUGUGGCCACUUGAAAGGAACCUACACAUUGUCCCUCGCCCUCACCAGUUUCAUAGUCUAUAUUGCUGAGCUGUCCGAAUUGGAAUUUGAUUUAGUUAUAAACCCAACCUCUAUUCUCCUCUUGAAAAUGGCAAGUUCUUAUCUUACAUAAUCUCUUUAGAACCUGGAACCAGUUGGCUUUCUUAUUUUCUGUUUUUAUCCAUUUCUGAGUGUCUUAGAAGAGUAGCAUAUUUUAGCUGAACUUUUAAUAUUUAAAAGCAGGAGUUGGAACUCAACGCUGUGCUUUUUGAAAAUUUAAGUAUUGUUUAUAUCUAUUAUUUCAACAGAGUAUAAUGUAUAUUUAUUCCACAAAAUACUUAAGACCAGAGUACACUUGCUCUUACUUGGUUCUUCGUUUACCAAGGUUUACUACUCUGGUAAGAGAUUAUCUUCACUUUAUGAACUCAUCCUCAGUUGGUAUGUGUAACCAGGCCUCCAUAUUUUCUUGUUAAAUUUUAUUUAUUUAUUUUUAUUGAUAAACUUUGGAGAAGUCUAAACCCAUCCUGCACAUAUUGGUGUACUUUCAUAGAUAACUAUUUGAUAUUUUAAAUCUUGGAGAUUUAUAAAACUGAAUUAUAAUAGGUACACAUAGAUAUACAUCCAAGGGGAUAUAUCACAGAAAGUUUUGAUUAAUUUCCCUAAAUGCAAACAGUAUAUUUUUGACAGUCUAAUAUCAAAGGUAGUGGUCCACUUACAUUGAGGUAUGUGAAACCCAGUGGUACCAGUAUUGUAAAUGACAGACGCUGCUUCUUCCAAAGAGAAAUCUAUUCUAGUUUGCAUAUUCCCACUUGUAAAUCCCCAAUAAGGUUUUUCAACAUUCACAAAAAUCUGUUAGGGCAUCCUGAACACAAAAUACUUUUUUAGUUUAGGGUAAAUAUAGGCCCCUAAUAUGGUUUUCCAUACUGUAAUGAAAAGGAAACUUUUAACUACCUGGGCACGUAAAUACCUUAAGCACAAAAAUGUACACACACACACACACACACACACGCACACAAAAGAAUAACUGCCUAGUUAAACCUAGUUGAACUGUUGAAAUAGAGUCAGAUAUUUUACUAUGUCCAAUUUUACAAACAGAAAAUGGUUCCCCACCAAGACACAACAAAUCUGAUAUUUCAGAUAGUCCUCCAACAUAAAAAAUUUCUGAAGCAUGGCUUACAAGCCAUCUUUUUAAAACUAAACAAAACCCAUUAGAUUUGCCCAGCAUGUUUUAUUUCACACUGUUGGGUGGCACUAUUGUCAACAGAAAUGUCUUGCUGCUCUAGACAGUGCAUCACCAACCAGGUGACAAAGAGUGAGAAAGCCAAGAGCUACUCCAAUUUAUUUCAAGACAAUUCUGUUGCGGUAACAGGCUCCCAUCCUGAAAAAUAUCAUUUUUUACAAGAGAGAAGUUGGGGAAGGUGUCAGCAAGAACCCGGAAUGUUAUAUAAAAUAGGUCAAUAAAAGGGACAAGCAUGAGAAAAAGAACGAAGUGGAGACAAUAUGAAUAUUAUUCAGUUUGAAAGAUAGUUUUCAUUUUUAUAAGAAAAAAUAAUAAACCUAUAUUUUAGUUAUCAUUUAACAAAGAAAUAUUAAAGCUAUUCAGAAGAUGCCACAACACUCUCAUAAAAGGAAGUCAUCUUACCCUUACAGUGAGAAAAUGGUCAAUUCAAUGAGUUUCAGUACAUUGUAUAAAUUUGGAGCUUAAGAUGAAUAUGUUUUCACGUAGCUGUUAAACGUUUAAUUAAUCUCGAAAUCAACAUAUGGUUUCCCAUCAAUACGAGUAUUGUCAGAAACAGCUAUGAAAUAAGCAGAUGCUUUCCACUGUUGUUUUCUAGAAGUCUCUGUAUUUUAUGCUUCAUUCGUACAGUGUGUCGUGCUGAUAAAUGUAUACCAGGUUGUUUGUUGAGAUGAAGCAAUCCAUCAUACGAACAGAAGCCAAGGAUAGGUUAUAUGUCUUAGUGGGAUUCACAUACAAAUGGCUGGUUUACUUCAGUGAAGUUCAGCUUGUUGAAAUGCAAGCAUUUCCCUAAAAUUGUGAUCACAAGUGACAUCCUCAAAGACUUACAGUGCCACCGAUGGGUCUCUGAAGUUUCAUUGAAGCAAGACGGAAAAGGAAGGACAAAUCUACCACAAUUUGGCCUGACAUUCUCUAUUUCUAAAGAAUCACAUAUAGAGCCAUUGCCAUGGCUGAUGUCAUCCGUUCAAAGAAAAAGGCAGAAUAGACUACUCUUCCAUUCCGUUCAACACAAAUAUAAGAAAUGUUGUGUGAACAGUUAGGGAGAAACGGCUGUGACUUCUCAACAGGGAUCUGAUGAAGUGAAUCUCAGUUCUUUCCCCGGGACAAGGUGGUUAGGCAGUGCAACAAACCUCUUCUGCACGUUUUCCCUGCUGCAAUUUCUGAGGCAAGCCCAGAAGGUAAAGGAAUCACUGAACCUCUUCAUUGGAGCAUUUCCAUUUUGAUUCUGUCACCAUUUACAACGGGACAACUGCAAGGGGAUAAUGAGCCUAAAUUACAAUCGACUUUGGAAGAAUAACAGACUUUGUCUUCCUCAAUCAUGUAAUCAAUAGGGAACUCUCUAGUGGUGAGAGCCAUCACUAUCUCUUAAGACUAUGCUAAGAUCUAAAUGAAAAGUCUAGCAUCCAGGGGCUUGUUAAAAACUGGAGCUUGUAUCUAAAGAACUUAGAGACAAAUUACACCCAUUUACAAAUGAGGUUCUCAAACGUGACACCAAGCUGAUUCUAUUUCCUUUAUGUGGGUGAACGUCCAGGGCACCAAACGUGGUACUUUGCUUUCUGCAUCUAUUACUAUCUAUAGGUGUGUGAAUGAGUGCCUGGAUUUUUCACCUUUUAGCAUGGCUUUGCUUUUAAGCACUCAUAGAUGAUAUUUAAGAGGAGCUUCCGCACUCGGGAGGCAGAGGCAGGUGGAUCUCUGUGAGUUCGAGACCAGCCUGGUCUACAGAGCUAGUUCCAGGACAGGCUCCAAAGCCACAGAGAAACCCUGUCUCGAAAAAAAAAAAAGAUAAAAAAAAUAAAAUAAAAUAAAAGAGGAGCUUCCGACAAAAUUGUGACACAGAUAAAGAUCAUUCCCUGAGGAUUCAGGGAACCUUUUGAGUAAGACCACCCCCAACAUUCUGUCCUUAUUUAGAUCCCAAAUAAGACCAAGGGAUGUGACUGCAGCCCUGUGGAUGGACUGGCACACUGUGGGGCACUCAAUGACUAUUUGUUGAAUGAAUGAAUGAUUCAAGAAGGGAUAUAUGAAUUAAUUUUGACUUGGCUAGCAUAUUAAUUGGCACAAGAAUUUCGUGUGUCAAAGUCAGAGCCAGGAUUUUCUCUAAGAUAGGAUCUGGAAUCAAAUUACAAGAACUAUCUCAAAGAUUUAAGUGUCUGUAAGUCAGGGGAAAUGCUUGGGAAUUCAGAUUUACAGAAAUUUAUAGGAGUAGGAAAAAAUCUCCCCAGUUCCUUACAAAAGCACUUGGACAACUUGGCAUGGGUGCUUCAAAUAUGGAACUUCAUUUCCAAAGUUUACAGAAGAACAUGCUUUAGCUUCUUUUUGAAAAAAAAAAGUUUUUUGUCAAGCAUAUUAAAUUCUCCUGUGAUAUUUCUAUUCGUUAAAG